UGGAGGAAUAGCUCGGUAUUUGAUUGGUCGCGCUGGAGGAAUAGAAGCAAGAUGGCGGCGCAGGUCGCUGGGAAGGCGCCGCCGCCGGGGGAGGACGUCGACUGGGAAGAGGAGGAACAACUGGUGGUAGUGGAACUGUCAGGGAUUAUCGACCCAGAUUUCCUUUUGAAGUGUAGGAAUGAAUGCAAAAUUGUGGGUAUAGAUACUGAGCAGCCUAUCAUGCAGGUGGACAGAUGUGUUUUUGCUGGAGAGUAUGAAGAUGUCCUGGGAACAUGUGUGAUAUUUGAAGAGACUUUUGCGCCAGAUUCAGAUAUAGAGGAUAAACUGUUGCUCCAGUACAAAUAUCACACAGUAAAAAAGUUGCUGAUGAAGCGAACCUUCUUGAGUGAGAAGAAGGAAGGAGAGGAGAACACAGGGAGGAUAGAGUACUUGAAGAUCAAGGAGAAUGAUUUCACACGUAGAGGCGGUUUGAUCUGCAGCUUUGUUCCAAACCGCAGCAGCUUGGUGGACGCUAGGGACAGGGUGAUAUCUGAAGAGGGUCUUGAUUUGAUGACGAUGCAGGAUAAUGAGCCUAACGUUAGCUCGGGCUCGGAGCCUGAGGUUAGUGACCUGGAGAAUGGAGGCACAAGUCAAGAACUGAAUCGCCUCGUGGAUGAAAAUCCCAGUGGAGGGAAUGUGUCUACAUCUGAUGCUGAGGAUGGUGUAAUGGAACUUGUAAAUCAGAGUUCGGAGGAACCUGACGUAAAGUGAAUGCCUGCAUUGUUGGCUGCAAUUCUACUGAGAGUACUGUUGACAACCAUUCCUUUCUGUCUCCUUAUGCCUGCCCUAUUGAUGGCAAAGGCUUUGAAAAUCAGGUGGAUAAACAGCCACAGUUUCUGGAUUUUGGUUGCCUUUGUCCAGUUCACAGAUGCCCAUACAUUAUACACAUGAGCAGGAGUGUGAUGACUGAGAUAAAGAUGGCACAAGAGACUUAAAUACUUUUUUAUUUAAUGUAUUUUAUAAUCAGGGUGAGCGUACUUUGAACAGUGCUGGUGAAUGGCUCUAUCUGUGUUUUGGGAAUACUUUUAAAUUGUCUUUGUCUUUGAAAUUUGACAAAGCUUUUUUUAUAUGAACCAUUCAACCAUGGAGGUGCAUGGACAUUUUCUCCCUUCAAAUUCCUCUCAAACUCAUGUUGGGUUUAACCUCUUCUCGGAGAACGGUUUGGUGUGAUUAAAUCAUCCAGCUGUCCCCUGCCUUGUUUUAAUGUACAUCAGAGGCCUCUGCUGCUCCUAUCAACUGCCAUUAUCUAGGAUUGCCCAAAAUGCCCCAGUCUUUUUCCCCCUCAUGUCCCAACAUCCUUUAUCUGUGUUCAUUAAGGAAGCACGGCUAUGUGAAGGCUAGAAACAAGGAACCGCGGAUGCUGGUUUACCAAUGAAAGACAUGAAAUGCUGGAGUAAUGUAGUGGGUCAGGCAGCAUGCCUGGAGAAUGUGGAAAACUAGCGGUGCUAGUUCUAUUUCAAUACGUUGGAACUAUAGACAUCUGCGGAAAAUGUUGAAGAAUCUUUAUACAUUUUGUGGGUAGGAGUUUUAUCCAGUCCAGCAUUUCACUCUGGCACCUGCUGAAUUUUGGAGCCUGCUGUGCUUCGGUGAUCUCCUGGUACUGCUCCUGCCCUAUAGUUGGAUUCUGCCUCCGGCAGCAAACACAUUGGCAGCUUGAGAACUGAUAAUGUAAUAGGAGUAGCUAUGAGGCAGCAUUGAAUGUUGAAAGGACGAUUGAUUGUUGGAGAGCAGAAAUGAAUGCAAUGCCUUGUUAACAGUUUAAAUUCUGGCAGUCCCUGUGAUGCUGGAUCACCAUUCUGAUGCGCUUGAAUAUACAUACAGAAAAAACUCUCGAUACUGGUAUCUAAUUGUUCAGAAAGUGUGUAGGAAGGAACUACAGAUGCUGGUUGACACUGAAGAUAGACACAAAAUGCUGGAGUAACUCAGCGGGACCGGCAGCAUCUCUGGAUAGAAGGAAUGGAUGAAAUUUCAGGUCGAGACCCUUCUUCACAUUGAGAGGGAGGAGGGAGACCCAGAUCUGGAAGGGUAAGGUGUGAAAUGAGAUAUUAAAGGGGAGAAAGUUCAAGGAAAAUUAGAAUAGAUCAUUGUUAGUUAAGGGAAGGUGACAACGAGGCACAUAAAGAUAAAAUGUAAUCGGGAGGACAAUCAGACUGGUGGGUGAAGUAGGAUGGGGAGGGAUUGAGAGAGAGAGAGAGAGAGGAUAGCAAGGGUUACAUGGAGGUAGUGGAAUCAAUAUUCAUACCACUGGGUUGUAAGCUGCCCAAGUGAAAUAUGAGGUGCUGCUCCUCAUGUGAUGGUCUAGUGUCUGACCUGCUCAUAAGUCCUGCAUGUGAUUCAGGAGUUCAGAGUGUAAGCCAAUUGUUCAACCAGAGCCGAUGAUCCAGACUACUGCUGGGGUUGGAAUCUGGGCAGAGGGGCUGGGUGUAUUACUGGAGCCUGUUGGGAUUCAGAACACUAGUUGACAGGAAUGUUUGCAGUCAGAGCCAGGGUCCUGAGUACAUGUAUAUUUACUGUUUCCCAUGAAGUCAUUUGGUUUGCUGUAGAAUAUUAUACUACUGUGUGACAUGUUUUUCAAAGAAGUAAAAUGAAAGUUAAUUUUUUGUUACUCACAUCCUAUGUUUUUGAUAAUCUAAGAUCAUUCAGAGCUGGUAUCAAAGAAUAAAAAAUCAAGCUUGCUUUUGUGCAA